GCGUUUAAUGUGUCUUCGGUCCUCAGUCCGCCGUAAGAAUUCCUGCAGUAAGGAAAGUCUUCGAACGCCGCCGCUCCUGCGCCACAGCAGAGAAAAAACCCACGACUCGGACGACGGACGAAAAAAACUCAUCGACGAAGACCAAAAAGAAAUAAUGCGCGAAAUCGAACCUCGCCAUUUACCGGCCGUACGCAGGGCGAUUUAGUUUUCGUCGAAGAAAAUUCGACCCGAUGUCGACGGCGCCGAGUUGCGGUACUCUGCAGCGAUUCGUUUUCCUAGUGCUAAUUUUAGUGAUCAGAGUGAAACCGGUGCCAAAUGAGAGACAAGCGCAGGAAUUACUGCUGCUGGAUACUUUGGGAAAACGGGGUAGCGUUUCCAUGAAGGACCAUGGUACUCUUAUGGAUAUGCUGGGAAGAAUGAUUCCUCAGCAAUGCCGCUACAGAGGAGUGAAGUACGACUGCGGUUUGAGCAUCAGUUGCGUCCUCGGAGGCGGGAGACCCUUGGACCUCUGCUCGGGAGGGAUGAUUUGGGCUUGUUGCAUCGAUAGAGAAGUAUCCCACGCACCUACCACCAGACCAGAAGUAGGUGUUGUCAACAACGCUACUUGCGGGGAGGUCAAUACGAGAAGUAAUAGAAUAGUCGGAGGCCACGCCACGGGGUUCGGUACGCAUCCAUGGCAAGUGGCCCUAAUUAAGACUGGUUUUUUAACUAAGAAAUUAGCUUGCGGCGGAGCGUUGCUGAACGAAAGGUGGAUCGUUACCGCAGCGCAUUGCGUCGCCACGACGACGAACGGGAACAUAAGGAUCAGAUUGGGCGAAUGGGACGUUCGCGACCAAGACGAGAAACUGGGCUACGAGGAAUUCUCGGUGGAGCGGAAGGAAGUGCACCCGUCUUACUCGCCGUCGGAUUUCAAAAACGACGUCGCUUUAGUGAAAUUAGAUAGGAACGUGCGCUUCAGACCGCACAUACUACCCGUUUGCUUACCACCCCUAACGGUGAAGCUGGUGGGUAGAAAAGCGACGGUGGCGGGCUGGGGACGGACCAGACACGGUCAAGCCACCGUUCCCUCGACGCUGCAGGAGGUGGACGUGGAGGUAAUCUCGAACGAUAGAUGUCAAAGAUGGUUCAGGGCCGCGGGCAGGCGGGAAAUCAUCCACGACGUGUUCCUGUGCGCCGGUUACAAAGAGGGCGGUCGUGAUUCCUGCCAAGGGGACUCGGGAGGGCCGCUGACGUUGACAAUGGAAGGAAGGAAAACUUUGAUCGGUUUAGUUUCAUGGGGUAUCGGGUGCGGUAGGGAGCACUUGCCUGGCGUUUACACCAAUAUACAGAAAUUUGUGCCUUGGUUAGACAAAGUCAUGAACGGUUGACUAUAAAAAACGUCAAAUUUUUGUAUAAAGAAUAAUUAAUUUAUGUAUUUAUUUUGAUUUUAAUUCGAGUGUUAAAUUUGGUAAAAAGCUUUGGUAUGUUUACAGUAAAUGGUAAAAUUUUAUUAAAAAACGCGGUAUUGAUUUUUGUAUUGAGUAUUGAUUACUGCAGAAUCCACAAUGAACUGAUAAACAGUAUAUUGGAAAAAUGAUAAUGUUAGUCACCAAUAAAUUAAUUCAAGUGUGUUUAAAUGCAAGCAUUCAUAGUAAAAUUAAUUAUUCUGGUGAUGCAUUUUACUUUUCUCUAUUUAUAUCUGAUGGCAAUGUUAACAGUAAAACUUGACUAAAAUUUUUCAUUUCUUACUUUUACCUAAGCAUUUUUAACAAAUUUAUGCUCUAGAUUUAUUUAAUUAUACCAAUCCGGUUCUAUAAAUUCGAAAUAGAGUCCCAAAUCCCAUUAAAAGACGUAUAGACAAAUAAUAAUUAGUAAAAUAUUGGCAAUAUUUUUC